CCUGCUGCCAGAGCCACAUCAGCCUGUGACCAGGGGGCCGGGCUGGAACCCACCAGGAGCUGCCCAGGCAGAUGUUGGGGUGACUCCCUCUGUCCAGCCAGGCUUUCCCAAGCAAGCAGCUUUGCUCUCUGCUCUGCCCCUGUCCUGCUGCUCAGGGCAGGAACAGCUUGGGAUGGGAUUGCCCUCACUCCACCCUUUCCAUUGCAGUGGAAGAUCGAUGACAAGCCAGUAAAAAUCGACAAGUGGGAUGGUUCAGCUGUGAAAAACUCCUUGGACGACUCUGCCAAAAAGGUGCUCCUGGAGAAGUACAAGUACGUGGAGAACUUCCGUCUGAUCGACGGGCGCCUCCUCAUCUGCACAAUCUCCUGCCUCUUUGCCAUCGUGGCUCUCAUCUGGGAUUACCUGCACCCUUUUCCCGAAUCCAAACCCGUCCUUGCCUUUUGUGUCGUCUCCUAUUUUGUGAUGAUGGGCAUCCUGACCAUCUAUACCUCAUACAAGGAGAAGAGCAUUUUCCUGGUGGCGCACAGGAAGGACCCGGCGGGGAUGGAUCCCGACGAUGUCUGGCAGCUCUCCUCCAGCCUCAAACGGUUCGAUGACAAGUACACCCUGAAGCUGACGUUCAUCAGCGGGAAAACCAAGCAGCAGAGGGAAGCCGAGUUCACCAAGUCCAUUGCCAAGUUCUUUGAUAACAACGGGACGUUAGUCAUGGAGGCCUACGAGCCAGAGGUGUCCAAGCUGCACGACAGCCUGGCCCUGGAGAGGAAAACAAAGUGAUUUCGGAGCCCAGCCGCCUCCCAGCAGCCUGCUAAAGUAACACCAAUAAAGUCAAAUGGCAAAGAAAGUGAAUCAUGGCCUCUGUUUUUGUCCUGAAGUCCUAUUCCAUUUUGGAUAAGCAGGAAUUUUAAUACUGGACCCAAGAUUUGUUGCAGCUCAUGGCUAAGCUUGGUCUCUGUGCCUGCCUUCCAGGCUCUGAGGCAGACUCCAAAAUUGGAUUUUGGGGACCCUCAGGAGGGGAAACACAUCACCAAUGCUGCCCCAGCGUCCCUGCGUUACCUGGCAGUGCUUUAUCACAUGGCUCUGUGCCCAGGGGCCUUUUCCAAUCCCACCUUUCCAUUUCUGGUAGGAGUUCAGGACAAAACCCUUCUGUGAAACAACCAUCCCCUCGCAAACCAGUUCGCUUUAUUUUUGUAUUUAUCUAAGGGGGGGGUAGAGGAUUGUUUUAUAUAAAAACCUUUUAUGUGUCGGGGGGGAGAAUCAAAUAUGCUACUUCUGUGUGCUCAGCCACGAAGCUUCUCAGAAAGUGUAAAAGAUUUUCCAAGCUGUGUCUGUCUGUCUGUCCUGCAGUUCCCUUCUGGCGUCUCCCAUUCCACGCGUACCUUCUAUAAACUGGCAUUUUUUAAAAGAGAGAUUUUUUUGGGUUGUUUUUUUUCAAUAAAAGGGAAGAACAGAUA